AUGAUAGCUCCAGAAACGAGAGACAUAGAAACACAAUGGAAUUCGACAAACGAGACAGACAUUCUUAUAAUAAAUGCGGAAGAACUAAACAAUACCAAAAACAUAUAUCACAUUAUCACAAAAAUAGAAGAAAGUGGUGAAAUUGAAACUAUAUGUGACCGAAACAACGUUAGCGGUAACAUAAGUUGCGAAAUUGAUGAAAACUAUGACGUGUUCGAAAUUAGUGUUGUUAUUAUACUGUGUCUUUUGAUAGUUGUGACUAUAAUUGGUAAUACGUUGAUAAUUUCGGCUGUGGUCACCACGAAACGGUUGAGGACUGUGACCAAUUGUUUUGUGACAAGCUUGGCUGUCGCUGAUCUGUUAGUGGGCAUCUUCGUGAUGCCGCCGGCCAUUGCUGUGCAUAUUAGUGGCAAAUGGGAGUUAGGCUGGAUCCUCUGCGACAUAUGGAUCAGCCUGGACAUUCUCCUCUGCACCGCUUCCAUCCUCUCCCUCUGCGCUAUCAGCGUGGACCGCUACUUGGCUGUCACCAGGCCCUUGACAUACUCAAGAAGAAGAAGAUCUAAGAAGCUGGCAUUAACCAUGAUAUUCUUCGUCUGGAUCGCAGCAGGAGCUAUAACGUGUCCACCUAUGUUUGGAUGGUACGAACCUGACCACAACCAAGGCGGGGUCUGCCGCUACAACCAGAACCCUGGGUACGUGGUCUUCUCGGCCAUGGGGUCCUUCUUCCUGCCCAUGGCUGUGAUGGUCUACGUGUACGCCAGGAUAUCCUGCGUGGUGGCCAGGAGGCAUCAGCAGUUGGCUAGCAGUACUAAAUGUAACAAGAGGGGGAAGCUGUCUUGUAUCCGGACCGAAUCGGAUUCCGGAUCCGACAAACUCUCAUUGAGGCAGAGUGCUUCGAAGCAGACAUCGAAAUCGACGCAGCACAGCGAUUGCUCGACACAGGAGCGCAAAUGUCCGUGCUGUUUCAAACCGGACAAGAAACGGCAAAAGUGCAAAGCUAAAGAAAAAGAAUCAAAGUUCUACAACGAAGUAACGUUCAAAGCGAAAUACAAAUAUAAAAAUACACAAAGACGAACGCAUUCUUUGAGGGAUCACGUCGACAACAAUAGAGUUUCGUCCCUCAGACGAGAGACUAAAACUGCUCAAACCCUUAGUUUAGUCGUUGGCGGUUUUGUCGCGUGCUGGUUACCGUUCUUUCUAUAUUACUUACUAACACCUUUCAUACCAUCCGGUUACGUAAACCCGGUUCUAAUGUACAUACUGACUUGGUUAGGCUGGUUCAAUUCGGCGAUCAAUCCGUUCAUAUACGCGUUUUAUUCGCCUGACUUCAGAUUAGCGUUUUGGAGGUUAACAAUCAAAAAGUGUAAGAGGGGUAAAUGAUACUUUGAGGCACAACGCUAUUGGUUUACAAUGUGAUUUAUGAUGAUCAUUAGCUGUUUAUUUUUUCACGACUAACUUUAACUAUGGCAGUAUUAGCAUUCAGUAAUAAGUUAGAUACCCAAUUGAUGUCAAAAUAGUGUGAUCAGAAUUUGCUUCAACUACCAAGUGGAAGGUCUUAGGGGUAAUCUGGAUUAGAACUACCCCUACUUAAAUAACAAAAUCUAAUUUUGGACUGAAGAGAACACCAAGAAAAUAUCUUUAAGUACUUACUUAAUUGAUUAUAA